AUGGAUUCAUGCAGAUUAGAGUGUCCUCAAGGAGCAGUGUCCAAGGAUACUGAAGUAGCUGUUACUGCACUAGCUGGUGGUAAUUUUAAGGUACCCAAAGGCACUGUGCUAGUGAGUGCAGUAUAUGUAAUAUCAGUAUCUAAGGCACUAUUAAAACCACUGGUAAUAGAGCUACAACAUUGUGUGGAUCUAAGGAACACUAGUCAGACUGGUUGCCUCAAGUUUGUGAGAGCUCCACUGAAGUCUCCCAAUGCUUACCAGUUCAGUAUAGUUGAAGGAGGAUCUUUUAGUGUAGGGAACAGAUAUGGUUCUAUUGAACGUGACGAAUUUUGUGCUCUUGGUAUUGGGCAUUUUACUGUUGAUGUGUUUGUACAAUGUAUAGGAACAAAUAAUGAUAGUGAGGAGGAGACUAAUGGAGACACACCUAAUGAUAGCAGUAAUGGAGCAGAAGAGAAUAGUAGUGGAGGAGGAUCAGCCACUCCAUCAACAAGUACUACACCACCUCAUGACUCAAUUAAUGAUGAUCCUUCUCAGUUAGUCCAUGAGGUAGAAUCCCAUACUACUGAAAAACCAACAGUACAACAGUCAGAUCAUGUACUAAGUAAUUCUGAUGGAGCUAAAGCUACUGUAUCCAGUGAAGAGUGUCUAGCAAGGAAUGAUGAUGAAUCACUACAAUCUUCUACUGAUUAUUCUCAUUCAGACAAUAAUGCACCUUCUCAUGAUACAUUGUAUUCUGGAAUGAUGUACUACGAUAAGAAAGAAGCUGGUCAUUGGAAAGCAAUGUAUUCUGUUGUUAGAGAUUUGGAAGUUCUUAAAAGGCAUUUAGAAAGCAAGCACUCAUCAAGUAUAGAAUAUGAUGAUGUUGUCGACUCAUUUAAGUUUAUUCAACAAAAUGGAACUCUAGAAUUGACACUACACACUGUACAGCAGGUAGGAUGGAUUGUUAAUCCUAUCAGAAAUCCAAUGAAAUUGUUUCAGUCAAGAGUUGACCAGUUUCCAUUAACUCUCUCAUAUGCAACCUGCAGUAUAUCAGUGUAUGCUGAAAUUGGUGUUGCUAAAAAGCCGCUUCACUGUCCCAUUAAACUAACUGGAAUAGAUCCUUCAAUGACAAUCUAUAUUGACCGGUGUCCUCCACCCACUCCAUCAAUCAUAGACAGUACUAGCUCAAGAUACUCUACUACUACUAUCAUUCAAACCAGGAGAGAGACUGAAGAAGGUACAUUUAGAUCUGAUAUUGCUCACAGAGUAAUGACAGAAUGUACUCCUCUAAUAAAAGAUUGUGGGACUGAUAUUCACUUCUUAGUUGAUAAAUUGCUUCAAUACAAAAUUGUAAAUGUUAGAGAAAAAAGAAGAAUAGUUGCGCGAGAAAGUGACGAUGAAAGAAUUGAUGAAUUGCUUCACAUCAUUUUGAGUUCCAUUUGUAUGGAUGGAAAAGUAUUUGGUAUAUUCUUAGAUAUACUCAGAGAGGAAGAUACUCUAAGAACAAUUAAACUAGCUAAUGAGUUAAUACAAAAAUAUGAUUUUCUUACAACAGACUAAAAAGUAUUUCUAUUAAUGUAUAUAUUUGAUUAAAAGUACUUCAAUUAUUGAAAUGACUAUA